AUACACAUACACACACAGACAUGUACACACAGACAUGUACAUACACACACAGACAUGUGCAUACACACACAGACACAUGUACAUACAUACACAGACACAUGUACACACAGACACAUGUACGUACACACACACCCCUAUAAAAAGUUGCAGUACUUUGUUGUUCACUCACAGAUCCGGGUACUGCACUCUAGGGGGAGGCAGAGAGCACAGCACACACUCCUUCCUUUGCUUUCACUGCACUCAGCUAUUGAGCAGUCUGACGGCUCCCAGUGCCAAUGACAGAUCCGGCCUGUGCUCCAAG